UCUGAUAAACAAUCCAAGAAAAAGCAAUUGAAAAUCAACGGAAACAGGAAAAGAAAAGAGCAGUAUCAAAACGGAAUCUGAAACGAAAGGAAUCUGAAACGCUGAACUCAUUUGCGCAAUGUCUUCGCCGUCGCCUGGAGCUGCUCCUGGUCCGAUAUCACCACCGGCGCCGCCUGGGCCGCCGUCGCCGGCUGUUCUUCUGUUCCCUCCGCCUCUUCCCGAGAAUGGAACUCCGCCGGGGGUGGCUAUUCCUCCGCCGGGAUCAAGCAACAGGACAACAUUGCUGGCGCUGGGAGUGGGGAUAGGGAUAGGUGGGGCGAUUGUGCUGGUUUGCGUGGGUAUAUUUGUCAUUUGGUACAAGAGGAGGAAGAGGAAGCUCCUUGGGAUGGCCGGGUUUGCUUAUGCUCCACCACAGCCACAGGGGCCCAAAGAUGACCCUUUUUGUGGUCCACAGCACAACCUGCAACAGCCUGCUCCACCGCCAACUGGUAAUGUCUUUGGAUUGCCAAAGCCCGCUCCUCCACCCGGCAUUUUAUCAAAUUCUCAAUCGUCUUCAAUGGAUGGAUCUACUCCACCAGCACCACCCUUCUUUGGUAGCAGCCUGAACUUGGCAAAGGCUACUCCACAAGCAGCUCCUGACACUAGUUUGGCUUUAACAAAAACAACGUUCACAUAUGAGGAACUUGCACUUGCAACAGACAAUUUCUCUAGCACCAACCUCCUUGGGCAAGGUGGCUUUGGAUAUGUUCAUAAGGGAGUGCUUUCUGAUGGAAAAGUGGUUGCAAUUAAGCAAUUAAAGGUUGGAAGUGGUCAAGGGGAGCGCGAAUUUCAGGCAGAGGUCGAGACUAUAAGUCGUGUCCAUCACAAGCAUCUAGUAUCACUGGUUGGUCAUUGCAUGUCAGGGACGCAAAGGUUGUUAGUAUACGAAUACGUUCCAAAUCAUACCUUGGAUUUUCACUUACAUGGGAAGGGGAGGCCUCCAAUAAACUGGGCUACUAGGAUGAAAAUUGCCCUGGGCUCUGCAAGAGGAUUGGCAUAUUUGCAUGAGGACUGUCAUCCUAAGAUCAUACAUCGUGAUAUCAAGUCCGCGAACAUUCUUCUUGAUGACAAUUUUGAGGCAAAGGUUGCAGAUUUCGGGCUUGCAAGGUUCUAUUCAGAUACUGAUACUCAUGUCUCUACUCGGGUUAUGGGAACAUUUGGUUAUUUAGCUCCAGAAUAUGCUCUUACUGGGAAGCUGACGGAUAAGUCAGAUGUCUUCUCAUUUGGUGUUGUGCUUUUGGAGUUGAUCACUGGCCGUCGGCCAAUUGAUAAAUCACAAAACUACCUUGAUGAUAAUAUUGUUGAUUGGGCAAGGCCUUUGCUUACACAAGCUUUAGAGAGUGACAACUUUGAUAGUGUGGCUGAUCCAAGGUUGCAGAAGGAUUAUGACUCUAUUGAGAUGCCCCGGAUGGUUGCAUGUGCUUCUGUCUGUGUGCGUCAUUUGGCUCGACGCAGGCCCCGGAUGAGUCAGAUAAUCCGUGCUUUGGAAGGAAACUUAUCUCUUGAUGAGUUGAGCGAGGGCGUACAACCUGGACACAGUGCAAUAUAUGAUUCUCAUGGGAGCUCAGAUUAUGAUGCCUCUUACGACACGAUACAGUACAAAGAGGACCUUAUAAAAUUCAGGAAGAUGGCAUUAGAAAGCGUGGAAAUAACCACAAGCGAGUGCAGCGGUCCGACUAGUGAAUUUGGCCAUCAGCCCUCCGGCUCAAGUAGUGAAGGUCUACGAAAUACUCAAGAAAUACAACAGUGAGAAUUGGCGCAUUACUCCAGCGCAUCAGGAGGGAGACCCCAGUAAAACCUUCCAUUUUUUUUUUAAGUGUCAACUUUGGAAUAUGUUAAUUGUUUGUAGAUUAGUUGGCUGUCUGGCAUAUCCUCAUUAUGCUGCUGUUUAUAUUCUGCGGUCUGAUGGUAGUCUUUAUCACAUUUGGCUGUGUCAGUAUUGAUUCUAUUCUGGACAUGAGCCAAAUUUCUAGUUCUCCGGCUUAUAGAGAUACUUGGAUCUGUAAAAAUUCAUGAAACCACCUUUUGAGAAUUUAUUCUUGCCUGGGCUUGAGGCAAUUUGUGUUAAA